UGGAAAACAUAAGAAAAAAAGACACUGUGAAGAAAACAAUGAGCACGAACAACAACAAAGCCGCAAGUCACCCAAGAGGGAGGAAAAGGCAAGGGACCCUGGAUGCUGGCACCUCUCUGCAGAGCUGUCAGAGCAGUGUCUGGAGGAGAAACCCCGUCACGUCUGUGGCCAGGGCUCUCCAGAGCGCUUCACUGACCGCCCCGCAUCCAGGAUGAAGAGGAAGGCGCCUGACUCCAGCGAGAAGGCGUGCAUGCUGUGCCGCCGGGCAGAUGUCAGCGCUGAGGUCUGCGGGCCGACGCACAGGGAGCAGGGGCUGUGCGUCCACGAGUUCUGCUUGUAUCUCGCCAGCGGGCUGGAGCAGCGCAGGACCGAGCGGGAAGGGAUCUGCGGAUUCCUUCCUGCAGACAUCAAAAAAACAAUAAAGAAGGCAGCCCGGAAGAGCUGCUUUGCUUGCGGCGAGCAUGGCGCUGCGAUCGACUGCCAGGGGAAGGAUUGCAGCCGCAGCUUCCACCUCCCCUGCGCCUCCAGCAACGGCUGCGUCACGCAGUUUUUCAAGGCCUACAGGUCCUUCUGCUCGGAGCACCGCCCGGAGCAGGCGGUGCCGGUACGCCCAGACGAAGAAACCACCUGCAUCAUUUGCAUGGAGCGGGUGGACGAGAAGCUAUCGUUCGGCACUAUGGUGUGCCCAGCGUGCCGAGGGGCCUGGUUUCACCGGGGCUGCAUCCAGGGGCAGGCUAGCCGCGCUGGCCGGGAGUGCUUCCGGUGCCCCCAGUGCAAGAAUAAGAGAAAAUUCCUGCCGGAAAUGUUAAAAAUGGGGAUCUACGUCCUAUUCAGACCACCAGCCUGGGAGGAGACGGGGCAGUACGAGGAGCUCUACGAGAGGCACAGCCAGUGUGAUGCCGGCCAGUGCCUCUAUCGAGAGGGCAGGCAGCAGGCGCAGGAAAGCGGGCCGUGGGAGCUGCUCUUAUGCUCCUCGUGUGCAUCCAGAGGGACGCAUCGACACUGCUCGGCGGUGGGAGCAGCGGUGGAGGCCUGGGAAUGCGAUGGCUGUGCCGGCAUAGGCCCCGCCCCCAGCGCACCGCCAGAGCCGUCCGCUCCCAGCACCAGCAGCAAGCCAGGAGCAGAGGCGUCCUCCAGCCCUGCUGCCCCCGCCAGCGCAGAGCCGGACCUGGCCAGCUCCAGCACCAGCAGCAAGCCAGGAGCAGAGGCGUCCUCCAGCUCUGCUGCCCCUGCCAGCUCAAAGCCCGACCUGGCCGGCUCCAUCACCAGCACCAGCAGCCAGGAUGAAUCCGAGGCAUCCUCCAGCUCGGCUACACCCGCGACCUCGGAGUCAGACCUGGUCAGCUCCCAAGCCGGCAGCCAGGAGGAAUCAGGAGCUGAGGAGCCAGGGAAAUCAUGGGCUUCCUUUGCGUGACAAGAACAGUUCAGAUCGCUGGUCACCUGUGCAGCACCCUGGCCUUUCGGCCAUGCAGCCUGGGCUCUCCUGGCCACAGGUGCUUGGAUGGAGCCUCUUGGGCACCUCGGGCACAUCAGUCCGCUCUCAGGGUGGCCCACAGCCCCAGAGCCCAGGGCGAACAGGCGUCCCAGACACAGCCCUUCGCGGUGGAGCACAGGAGAAUCUAUGAGCGUUAAGGAUGAAUUAUUGAAAGGAAAAAUAACGACACCAAAAACAUUUCUGGAGGCUACAGGGGACUUUUUACCUCUGCCACACACCACAGAAACCCAAGUCUCUAUACAGCAGACGCAAAGAAAGGGGAAGGUUUGUACACGAAGUUGGAGAUAUCUGUUCCAAAACAGGGGGAUACCAGAACACGGUGAAAUUCAGGCACUGUGUUAAUCUUAGCGCUGGUCUUUGGGCAACAGUCUUACAGGCUAAGCAGUCACUGCUUAUUUGGCUCGCUGGCUGCCCGGGAAGCGGGACACGAGCACGUCUGCGCAGCUGUGCGACGGGGCAGAUCUCCCACCGCCCCGUUUCCACGCGAGGCUCUUCACCUGGGGAUACACGUUCCCGUGCGCAAUCCUGACUCCCUGGGGAACUAGUUAACUUAAAAAACCAGCAAAGAGACGGUGUGUCAACGUGAAAGCUUCCUUUCGCCCAGCAGCUGUCGCGGAGGACAACCCGCGCCGCCUCUGAGCGCGGCCACCGGCACAGCCACCCUGCACCUGGUCAUGCCGCGUGCGGCCGCCUCGGCGCACAGGUGCUGCUGGCCGGGUGGGCCGGGCCAGGCUGGGCCGAGCCGAGCUGAGCCAGGCCGGGUUGGGCCGAGCCGAGCUGAGCCGAGCCGAGCCGAGAUGGGCCGGACCGAGCUGAGCUGAGCUGGAUCGGGUUGGGCCAAGCCGAGCUGAGCCGAGCCGAGCUGGGCCGGACCGAGCUGAGCUGAGCUGGAUCGGGUUGGACCAAGCGAGCUGAGCCGAGCCGAGCUGGGCCGAGCCGAACUGAGCUGAACUGAGCCGAACUGAGCUGAGCUGAGCCGAGCCGAACUGAGCCGAGCCGAACGGAGCCGAGCCGAACGGAGCUGAGCCGAGCCGAACUGAGCUGAGCCGAGCCGAACUGAGCUGAGCCGAACUGAGCUGAACCGAGCCGAACUGAGCUGAGCCGAACUGAGUCGAGCCGAGCUAAGCCGAGCCGAACCGAGCCGAGCCGAACUGAGCCGAGCCGAGCUGAACUGAGCCGAGCCGAGCUGAACUGCGCUGAGCUGAGCUGAACUGAGCCGAGCCGAGCCGAACAGAGCUGAGCCGAGCUAAGCCGAGCCGAACUGAGCCGAGCCGAGCUGAACUGAGCCGAGCUGAGCUGAACUGAGCCGAACUGAGCUGAGCCGAGCCGAACUGAGCCGAGCCGAGCCGAGCCGAACUGAGCUGAGCCGAGCUGAGCUGGGCUGAGCCGAACUGAGCCGAGCCGAACUGAGCCGAGCCGAACUGAGCCGAGCCGAGCCGAGCCGAACUGAGCUGAGCCGAGCUAAGCCGAGCCGAACUGAGCCGAGCCGAACUGAGCUGAGCCGAACUGAGCUGAACCGAGCUGAGCUGGGCUGAGCCGAACUGAGCCGAGCCGAGCUAAGCCGAGCCGGGCCGCCGCUGCCCUCCCGCGGCCGCGCGGUGGCGCCGUCCUGCCGGGCCGGGCCGGGCCGGGCCGGGCCGCCCCCGCUGCCGCCGCGGCCUCCCGCGGGACGCGGCCGGGCUCAUGGCGGCGCAGCGCGGCGCCCGCCGGCUCGGCGCGCUCGGGCUGCUCUGCCUGCUGCUGCCCGCCGGACCUAAAGGAUUACACUUGCUCUGAGGGUUGAGCUAAACGACGCCUGAGACGAUCAGUCUUCUGUGUAAGGCUUUGCCCGGCGAACACCAGAAGAAGAGCUCUCUAAGCUAAAUCGCAGCAAUGGCGCUAGAGCAAUAAAUACACGCAAGCCGUCCUUGAACAAGCGUAGGUUGGAAAUUAGAGGACGUUUUCUUCUUGGAGCAGUGGAGUUUCAAGGGGAAUAGCUUAGCAGCUCUGCUCCUGAGGUGGAGCCUGACGAGCUUGUCGGAGGGUUUUGGAGGCGCCGAUUAUCGGCAGGACAGGGUGGGCCGCUCAGUGACGGCUCUGCCAAAGCAGGAGGCCACUUCUGCCUUCCUCCACCUUAGCACUUGCUCCGUGCUGGGCUGCGGUGGCUGUUGGGCCCCUUCGGAGCUGAUUCAAAUCAUUAGCCUGGCGGAAAAACAACUAGCAAAAACCAAAGGCACGCAAGGCGCCGGAGAGGCUGCGAUGGGUAAGUGAAUUGAAUCGGCUCAGGAGGGCUCCUGUGAGGAGCAGAGUUGGAGGAGGAAGAGAGGGACAGAGCAGAGGAGCCGAAUCCCUCUCCUUUGGCAGUGCUCAGCCGUUAGAUCGGCUCGGCUGGUCCGAGGCUACGCUCUGAGAAGCGCUCUACACCUUUUGUUUCCACCGUUCUUUUACUGCGCUGCAGUAGCCCCGUUGUGAGAGGGAGGGAGUAAUUUUGUUGGUCGCCUUGUUUUGUUUGUGCGUGAGUUCGCAGCGUAUUUUAGAAUUAGCUUGGCUACCUGUUACUGCCGUACUGGUGAUGCAGGAAGGAGAUUGUUGUCGGAUGACGUUACGCGUCUGCCGAGAAAAAGUUGUGUGAGCCAGGCAUGAGAGUGCGUAAACAUAUCUGCAGAAGUACUGUGGUGUUGCUGGAGAAGUUCCUGUUUGCUUGUAUUUGAUGAACCUUCACCUUUAGCUCCUUACAGCAGUGAUUUUUUUUUUUUCUGGUGUUGGCUGGAACGUUCAGAUAUAUCUGGGCGCUGAAGGGUCAAGACUGUAGUCAAAGGCAAACUCAGUUUCUGCACUCGAGGACGUAUCCCUGACUUUUCUUCCGAAGGAAUAGGAUUUGUCACCUUCUUGUCUGGAUUCUCUGAACAACUACGCCUGAAGGAACUGGAGGUUCCUGGUGGAGAGUGGUUUAGGAGCAAAACACCGGGGCUGCUCUUGGCACUUGGUGAAGCAGCAUUAGCACUUGCUUUAGAGCUGGAACAACCGGGGUGUGCCCGGAGAGUUGUCUGUGCACACAACGUAGGCGUGCAGGGGCAGGUUAGAGGUCGGGAAGUUUUCCUGCCCAGGUUCUGUUAAAGUCCUGGCUUAGUUACUCCCCUCGCAAGUAUAUUCCAAGUGUUUGAACCUCAGGUGUCUCCCAGAGAGUGAUAAACCCCAAGCCAUCAAACUGAAUGGACCAUGUGAGAGUGGCACAGGCUCAACUGUCUUGCUUAUUUCCGUAUUCUCCUUUUUUAUGUUCUGCCAGUGAUAGUUGUCUCAAGUAAAGUUUUUUUUGCUUUCUUGCUGACUCCUCCCUGCUGCUGCGGGCAGGCUGGCCCUAUUUUAACUCCAUACUGGCCUGUCCCACUUCUGCUGGGUACCCAGAGCAUUGCAGUUGCGAUGCUGCUAGGGAAAUCCUAAAGCUUAAGCUUUGAGAAGCAUUUCCAUGUGACUGUUGGAGGUUUUUGAUUCAGAUGUGUCAUUCUUACCUUGCAGUCGUUCAGGCUCGAAAGGGCAAAGAUAGGGAGGGAGAAACCAGCCUGCACAUUAAUGAGUACCUCAGCCCAGUGCGAUGGUUUUCAGCGCUGCUGGAAAGCGUGGGAUAUCCUGCCAUGAGUCUGUCCCCGUAUGCAGACACUUCUGCUUCCUCACCGCUGCAGCUGCGCCGGCUGAGGCUGGCAGUGGGAGCACGCCGCUUGACCAGUGCUGCUCCUAGGGAUCUCUGUCUGUGACGUCCCGUUGCAUGUCGUGAAGACGUGCCCUGAAUCGAGCCAGAUUAGGAAUGUCUGUGAAGUAAAGAAAACAACAGGCAGAAGCAGCCAAUUCAUAGGGAAAUCUGCAUCUGUAGGGAAUGUGGCUGUGAUGCAUCUUUUGCAUCCAGUCAGAUAUCUAGGAAAAUUUGAUGUUUCUUCCGGCUGAUCUUUUCAAAGACCUGGCUGGUCACGUUGGUGUUUGAGUCUUUAGAGUGACUGGGUGGCCACUAGCAGAUGCAGUGAUGGGAACACCACCAGACAGAGCAUCUCGUAAGUGUAUUUGCAUGCAGUUUAAUCCCUUAUGUAUGUGUGAACACUUGCGAAGAGCUACUCGAUGAAGACAAGAUACCAUGAGUUCCUGUGUCAGGAGUACGUAUUUGCCUUUGCUAUACUCUGAAGGAACUAAUUGAUUUGGAAGACCUAAG